CCGUGGCCACCGCGCGUGACGGACGUGUAAUGGCGCUAUAGAACUAACCAAAUGAGGACUCCGCGGAACCUGAAUUCGCGAGCGUACACGAAAAAAAUAUUACCAGCAAGUUACUGUUGACUGUGUUUGAAUUUCUCCAACUUCUAGGUAUAAGAUUUCCUUGGACUGUAUCCCGUUUGUGCCUAAUGCGCGGAAAUGUCGCGUUGGCGCGUGUCCGAUGGCGCCGGGUGAGCGCGCGUGUCGGCUAGGCGCCCAUGCGCGCCUGGCUCCUCGUGUGUGCGGCGCUCGCGCUCGCGCCGUGCCGAGCGACCGCCGCGCACCCACAGGCAGACACAGCGCGCCUCGAGCGCAUCAAGUCGCAGAUACUCGCCAAGCUGGGUCUCUCGUCGCGGCCGACGCCGCAGGGCGCGCCGCCACACGACGUGGUGCGCCAGAUCUUGGCGCGCGCCGCUGACCCCCAGCCUCGGGCGCGGCCCGACCCCCACCACGACACCGAGCACGCUAUGAGGGAGAUCAUAGCGAUAGCACAUAGAGAAAAUAGGUACAUUGGAACAUAUGCUGGCGAUGAAAUAAUGUCUAUUUGAGAAGACGGCGCAUUCAAAAAUAUGGGAUUCAAUUCACUUCUGUCAAACUGAAUCUUUGGGAACAAGAUUUCGGGCGGAUUAAUACAAGGUGGAGACACAAGAAUGGAUUAAGUGGACCGAUGGUACCCAUAGUGAACUAUGGGAAUAAUGUUACCGUGGACUUCGACACGCCGUCCAAUUGACCGAGGUUUCGUCUCUGAAAUGUAGUAUUAUUAGAUAUUUUAAACUGUAUAUUACAUUUAGAAUGUCUAUUUUUAACAACAAAUGUAUGCUGUAAGUAUUGUAAAUACAAUUUUACUAAUAAAUAAAGUGUAAAUGAGUAUAGA